CUACAGCGUUUGCCGCAUUUGCUGCGUUUGCUGACAUUUUUGCAAUUUUUUUGCAAGUUUUCUGCUCCUCAUCAUCAGAGCAUUUUUUGGCUUCCUCCUAGUUUGAUAUAAUCCAUCCUUAUCAGAACUAGUUUUUGGGAUAGCCAGGGUCUCCUCAGGGAGACCCCUUGGGGUACCCGGCCUUGUGCCGGUCCCUUUUCUUUUUCUUCCAGAAGCGACAACAACUACGACUUCUGCGUUUUUUGAAAGACUGCUGAAACAUCAUGGACCGCUCCCCAGAGUUGCUGGCGAUUUUGUUGACCCGGAAGAACUUCAGGGAGGAAGAGAUAGACAUCGAGAGUCUACUCUAUUUUUAUGAACAUCACUACAGGAGAGAGUUCGGGAAGAUAGAUGACUUAGCCAACUUCCUCAUCCGAUACGGAGACACCCACCAAUACCUGACUAGGGCAAACCUAGUCUAUUUCAUCUAUGUGGUCAUGAAUCUGGAACAACUGGAUAAGAUUGUGACUGAUUUCCAGCUGCCGGAAUCACCUCUCAGAGACAUCAAAAUAGACGCAGAGGAGGUUGCUGAAGCCUUUCAAACUUUAAGAUCAAUAUCGGAGGGCAUGGAGAGCAAACUCCUCGAGAAGGAGAAGGAGCUGGAAGAAGCUACCAUGACCAGUCAACAGGAGAAAGUGGAGGAAGAUCACCUGCAGGAAGAGGAGAACCAUCGGGAGGAGCAAGAAGAGGUGGAACACCAUAUACAGGAACAAGCGGAGCAAAAGAAGGAACAAGAUGAAGAUGUUCCUGCUGAAAAGAAAGAGGAUGUGGAAGAACUGGAGAAGGAUGUUCCUCCUGAACAGCAAGAAGAGGGGAUAGAACUGGAGGAAGAAGAGGAACAAGAGGAGCAAAAGCAGGAACAAGAGGAAGAUGUUCCUGCUAAAAAGCAAGAAGAGGCAGAAGAACCGGGGAAAGAUGUUCCUGCUGAAAAACAAGAAGAGGUGGAAGAAUUGGAGAAAGAUAUACCUGCUGAAAAGAUAGAAGAGGUGGGAGAACUGAAGAAAGAUGUUCCUCUUGAACAGCAAGAACAGGUGAUAGAACUGGAGGAACAAGAAGAGCAAAAGCAGGAACAAGAGGAAGAUGUUCCUGCUGAACAAAAACAGCAGCAGCCAACCCGGAGAAGAAGGGUUGCAAUCAGGCUCCAGAGGAUCUGGCGUUCCACCAAGAAGUUCUUCAGAGGGAUAAAUUGUCGUCGACCCACUCCUGCUCCGUGAAUUACACCCACACUGGAACCCACAUAAGCAUUCACACAUAUACUUACACAUGCACCCUCCCUUCCACACAGACAUAUUUAAAGAAUUAUUCAGUAUUAAAAUAAACAUUAGGUAAAUAGAUAGGAUGUGCAAAAUAAAAAAUGUUUCU